UUGUAGUACAAAGAAAAUGGCGGCUACCGCGGCCAAUCUCUUCACUCCGGAGGACUUUUCUUCGUUCAAGGAAUCGCUGCGCGGCGUCAAGGAUCUCGUCGACAGCGGCAUUCGCGAGCUUCCAAGGUUCUACAUCCGAUCGGACAGCCGGAUGCGCGUCCAAUCGUCUGUAUUGCCGCCCGGGGGCGAGGUUCCGAUCGUCGAUCUCCGGGAGCUGGAUGGGAGCGAUCGCGGCCGAAUCGUCGAGGCGGUGGCGAGGGCAUCGGAGGAGUGGGGUUUCUUCCAGGUGAUCAAUCACGGAGUCGAGGCUGCCACAAUCCACGAAAUGGUGGAGGUCGCGAAGGAGUUCUUCGCCAUGCCUGUGGAAGAUCGCAUGGAGAUUUUCUCGGCGGACUUGUUUAAGAGGACGCGAUUUGGCACCAGCCACAAUCCAUCGCAAGAAACUUCGCUCGAGUGGAAGGAUUAUUUACGGCAUCCUUGCCUUCCACUGGAGGAGUCUAUGCAGUCCUGGCCAACAAAGCCAGCUUCAUACAGGAGGGUCGCAUCGGAUUACUGUAGAGGAGUCAAGGGCCUGGCGGACAAACUCCUGGAAGUUCUCUCCGAGAGCCUUGGCUUGGAGCGGAGAUACCUGGGCAGUGUUUUUGGCAGCGAGAGGCUGCAAGAGAUGUUUUGCAACUAUUAUCCACCUUGUCCGAAUCCAGAGCUUACGAUCGGGAUUGGCGAGCACUCGGACGUGGGAGGCAUCACUGUGCUCCUGCAAAACGAGGUGGAGGGCCUGGAAGUUCGCAAGGACGGGCACUGGUACUCGAUCAAACCAGUGAAGGAUGCCUUCGUCGUCAACCUUGGCGACCAGCUCCAGAUUUUGAGCAACGGGCGAUUCAAGAGCGUGGAACACCGUGCCAAAGUCAGCAGCGACAAGCUUCGCAUCUCGAUUCCUACGUUCUAUCAGCCGUCGAGAGGAGCGCGAAUUCGUCCCAUUCCGGAGCUACUGGACGAGGAGCACCCCCCGGCCUACAAGGAGGUAACUUUCCAGGAUUACUUGGCCGAUUUUUUCAAGCACAAGCUGCAAGGCAAGAGAUGCCUCGACUCUUACAAGAUCUUAUAAUGGGAAGUUGAAUAAGAACGCUAUAGCAUAAAAAAGAUCGAUUCUUUAUUUUAUAAUAGCCAUGCUCAGGUUAUACUAGAGCUAGCGCAAAUAAGAGCAUCAAAGCGCAUGGCCACGGCUUUCUAA